AUGUCUUCUCAGCUUUUGCCCAAUGUGGACGAUUUACAAAUUCAGUUCGAUAAAUGUUUUGUUUUCAACAGCAAAUUUGCAGGAAAAGCAGAAGAGGAAGAUUAUCUAAAAUUGCUCGGAUGUUGUCCUUCUCAACUCUCUCUCAAUGAUAAGAUGAUUAGCGUCGGAGUUGUAGAGGCUCUAUCGGGAUUUGCAACAACAUUUGGAUCUGAUGUUAUUUGUGAUUCAUUAUUCAGUGAUAAUUCAAAAUAUGUAUUUAUUGAAGUAGAGCCUGGAUAUUGGAUGGCUCUAUUUGUAAAAUGUAAUUCUAAUCGGCAGUCCAAUCCAACACCAUCCUCUUCUCUCAACUCUGCAAAUACUGGACCUAUUCAAGAUUUCUCGGGAUAUAGUGAUGAUAAUUUACCAUACUUAAUUUUAAAAUCAAAAUUACAAGAUUCAUAUCAAACAUUUAAGAUAUUUCACGGCGAGAUGGAUAGUAUUGUGAAAAGCGAAGGAGUUCAAAGUUUGAGGGUGAAAUUGGAUUUAUUUCUCGAAAGCUAUUGGAAAAAUUUUGUAUUUAUUAAUUGGAAUAUCAUGGAUAUUUUAGGAGGAAUUCAAUUUCUUCCAGUCCCAACAAAUGACUUCCUUGCCAUCCAAUCAUUUAUUCAUCAAACUAUUUCAAAGUUUAGCAAUUUUAACAAACCAAAAUCCCAAAAACAAAACGACUCUGAACCGUCACUUUCUGUCAUUAGAGGAUGUUUAUUUAUUUUUGACUCAUAUUUAGUUUUUAAUGGAAUAACCAAAGAAGACAGCAGAACUGUGGCCCAAUAUCUUCCAUUCAUUGUGGAGGAGCGUUUGAAGUACCUUCCUCCAAAUGUGCUACUGAACUCGGCUAAUGGCUUCUUUUUGACUGGCCCAGAGGAUAUACAAUCACCUGUAACACGAUUUAGCGCUCCACGAGUGUACAUUGGAGAGCCAAGAAGCGAAUCAAGCGUGAUCAUUUAUAAGCUCAAUAGACUACAACUAGUUCUUUUUGUUGAUCCGACUGUUGCCUCACAGUUAUAUUUCUAUACUAGCCUUAGAGAUUUUAUUUAUCCUGAACUGCAACCUAUUUAUAAGGAUCUUUGUGACAAUAUUUGCAAGGGAGAUGGUAAUGUGAUGAAAUAUAUAUUUUUCAAUGGAUCGAGUUUUGCUUUGAAAACAAGUCUCAAUUUUCAAAACACUUCCAUGAUGUUGAAGGAGUCUUUACAAGAAUUGUGUCAUUUGAGGUCACAUGCCAAAAUGAAUGACUCUAAAGAAAUUAUCGUAAGGAACAAAAAAGAAAGCUGGAUCGCUUUUAAGAUUGUUGGAGGAAAGGAAUUCUUCUUUAUUUUUGAUCAAAAGAAUGCAACACUUUCUGAUGUUCAACAACAAAUGGAAAAAGCAAGUGUAUUAUUUAAUUCUAGUAAAUAA